GGUACCCAUCCAAGAUAGAGAAAAUGGACUACGAGGAGGGGAAAAUGUUGGUGCAUUUUGAGCGUUGGAGCAGCCGAUACGAUGAGUGGAUCCAUUGGGACAGUAGUCGGAUCCGUCCUCUGGAAAGACCUUCUUUGCGAAAGGAAGGACUAAGAGAUGAUGAGGAGAACUACGAUUUCAAGGAGGGAGAAGAGGUUUUAGCUCGCUGGACUGACUGUCGGUAUUAUCCUGCCAAGAUCGAGGCCAUAAAUAAAGAAGGAACAUAUACUGUGCAAUUUUAUGACGGAGUUAUACGGUGCUUGAAAAAGAUGCACAUUAAAUCCAUGCCGGAGGAUGCAAAAGGCCAGGACUGGAUUGCAUUAGUGAAAGCAGCGGCUGCAGUGGUCAAGAGUAAGGCUGCAAACAAACCAAGGACCAGUGUAAACAGCAAUAAGGACAAAGAAGAAAGAAAAACACAUAAAAUGUCUAUUAAAAAAGAGGACACUCCAAUUAGUAAACCCCUAGAAUUAUUUCACAAGGAGGAAGAGCCAACGUCCAGCCAGAACCUAGAAAUUACAUUGGGAGAGGUCUCGAAGUUGCCCACUCAACAGAGAGUUGAUGAUCUGAUACUUAAAAGGAAAAUGAGCCAGACUAGCACCUUCCAAGCAAAACGUGCUCGGCUAAAUAAAAUAACAGGUUUAUUGGCGUCCAAAGCCGUUGUAUUGGAUAAUGCAGAAAAGAAGGCACAAGCCACUCAAAAGCCAUCAAAGCUGGAGGAGGCGAUUACUCCUAAACCCCAGACACAGAACCAAACUGAAGUUGAUAAAUGCCGUUCUGGCAUGACAGUGACACCCACGCAGCUGUCACCGCCUAUGUCUUCCGGGAAGGCUCGCAGCAAGAAAGACAAACAGGAGCUUGGCGACUUCUCAGGGUGUAAAAAAUCCCCCAUAUCCAAUAUUGAUCCACAGCUAAAGCAAGGUACGCCACACAACACAAAUCUUUCUAGGUCUUCUGGACGUAACAACCGCAGGAGAUCUCAGCGCUUAACCCCCGUGGCCCCC